UGUUGUGCCUCAUGACCGGACGGACUAACAGCAGCAUGACGCGCCUGAUGUUUCUAGCAGCCGCGGUGUUUCUCUUGUCCGCUCCUGCGAGCGCUUCUCAGGGGGACAAAGAGCCCGUCUAUCGCGACUGCGUCAAACAAUGCGUCCGGACGAACUGCACGGGGGCCCGACUGCGCGGAUUCCAGUCCUCUCAACCUCCAUACAUGGCACUCACAGGCUGGACAUGUCGUGAUGACUGCAGGUAUCAGUGCAUGUGGACCACCGUGGGUCUGUACCAGGCAGAGGGCUACAGCGUACCACAGUUUCACGGGAAGUGGCCUUUUGCUCGUUUCUUGUGUUUUGAGGAGCCUGCAUCUGCGCUGGCAUCUCUGCUCAACGGUCUGGCAUGUCUGCUGAUGCUGCUGAGAUACCGCAGCGCCGUCCCUCGACAAAGCCCCAUGUACCACACCAUCACCGCCUUCUCACUGGUUUCCCUGAAUGCAUGGUUCUGGUCUACAGUGUUCCACACGAGAGACACCUAUCUAACAGAGAAGAUGGACUACUUCUGUGCAUCAGCUGUCAUUCUUUACUCUAUCUACUUGUGCUGUGUAAGGACGUUGGGCUUGCGUAGGCCUGCAAUUUCCAGUAUGGUGGGAGUUCUGCUCAUUCUGGCCUUCACGUCUCAUGUGUCUUAUCUGACCUUUGUCAGUUUUGACUACGGGUACAACAUGGCUGCCAACGCCACCAUUGGCAUGAUAAACCUGUUGUGGUGGCUGUGCUGGUGUUGGCUGAACCGGAGGAUUUUGCCGUACUGGUGGAAGUGUGGGAUGGUGGUGCUCUUACUGCAUGGUCUUGCCCUGCUGGAGCUGCUGGAUUUCCCUCCACUCUUCUGGGUUCUAGACGCUCAUGCCGUCUGGCACCUCAGCACCGUGCCCGUCCACUUCCUCUUCUACAGCUUUCUCAUAGAUGACAGCCUUCACCUCCUCAACACAGAGAAGCCUGGAGUGAAACUGGACUAGGAGGAAACCGUCUCAGAACCCCAACCCCUCCUCUCAUAUCCUUCCCAUCAGGGCAAGUGCGAGCCAGACUGAGCCAGGCCUCAACCGCAGUGGCUUCCGGCACGUGUUCUGGGGCUGAAGUUUUGAAUAUUUAUUGUUUUCUUUGUGAUUACAGAUUCUUUUUACCAUAACUUUUUAUUUUUGCUUUGUACAGAACGGGUUGUUUGUUUUGGUCCGGAUGUGCUACUAUACUGUAGUUGAAACCUGAUUGAUGUUUGCAUUCACUUGAGCUUUGCCUUCAGUUAAGAAGUAAAUCAGCCUUUAUCAACAAAGCACUCUUCUAAAAAGGUGCACUGAAUAAUAACCAUCUUUGCAGAUGAAUAUCUUCACAUAAGAUGUUCUUAUCUCUUAUUUCUAUCUUAUCUAUAUUUAUGGUGCUUUAUUUAAUGGCCCUGAAGUGAAUAUAUUUCAGAGAUAGAAGUAGAUUGAGCUUUAGUUUUAAACAUCCAUUCACUAUAAGCGUGCUGAACAUCAGGAGGGGUUAUGAGUGAGCAGUGUGCUCUGUCUCUGAGACGUGUGGCGUUUACCUCACCAUGGUGCAAUAGCAGUAUCUACCAGCAGAGAGUGCAGUGCUGAUUAGUUUCCACAUUGCGGGAAGUCACUGAUCACUGUUCUGUGAAUUCCCGGCAUAGACUUGUGAUGGAUUGGACAUUUUGUUGUUGUAGCAGUGCAUAUCAAGUUACCCAUUUUUUCUAUUGUCAUCACUCACUUUAAUCACUGUAGAUUUAAAAGGAAUAGUCCACUCACAAAUGAGAAUUGUUAACGUUUGCUCAUGAUGAUUUUUAGUGAAACACAUAAGGAAAAGUUUAGCAGAUUGUUCAUAUAAUUAAAAAUAAAAGGUGACCAGGGACAGACAAACUUCAAAAAUGACAAAAAGCACCAUUAAAGGUAUCAAAAAAGAGUAGUCUAUAUGACUUGUGCUCUAUAUAGGCCCGUUCACACCAAGAACAAUAACUAUAGCGAUAUCUGUGAAGUUUUAAAAAUCAUUCUAUUUCUGUGAGAACAAGAAAGUCCACAUCACUAUAACAAUAACAACACAGAGGAAUGAUAUCAUUGGAAUCACUUUCAGAACAAUUUUUUUCUAGCUCAUAAACACAUUGACAGACAAUCAGAAGCUCAAGUGAUGAAAAUGAAGUUUUUAAUGUUGUUUACAUGUCUAUCAGGUGUUUUUAAUAUGCUUAAAGACAAACCAUGUGCAAAUUCAUCAGUCAACGCCAUUUCUGAGCAUUUUCUCCUUAAAACCGCAGUGUGCCAAAGACAGUAGGAAACUGGCUGUUUCAAACCGCUUUUUUGGUACUAUCACGAACCAAUCCCAACAACUUGCAGGGUGGGGCUUUUUAUAUCAUUCUCAAAGCGUUUCUACCUAAGGAUGUCGAUUUUUAGAAGAUAGCUGUCUAAGAUGGCAACAGGAACGUGGUUUGUGUAACAUUAGUGACACAUUAUUAACUGUUUGGUAAUGUUGUCAAACCAAAGGCUAAUGAUAUCAAUUACUGUUACGUGUCCGACGUUGUAGAGUGUGAUACAUUCUGAUACAUCAAAUUCUAUACGACCCUGUAUAAUUCGUUCUUCCUCCUCUUCUUUGGAAUCAGUUUCUGAUUCAGACAUAUAUGGCUGAAUUAAUCCAAUAUCACCGCUUGCCAUUGUGUAGCAUUUACUACUACAGUUAACCAAGAAAGUGGAACAGGUAGUCCAAACUGGUGCGAUUGAGUGGAGGUGUGGUCUAAUUAGCAUAUUCUUGGAUUCGCAUAUACUAAAUGAGGUGAGGGUAGAGUUAUAUUUAAGGCAUGAAGAAAUUAUUUUAUAUUAUCGUUAUAGUUAUUUUUCUUGGUGUGAACAGGCAUUAUUUCAAGUCUCUGUGUGGACCAAAAUGUCAUUAUUUAUCGAUAAUAUUUUGCUGAAACUCUGUCUCAUGACAUGUAUAGUAUGAUGAUAAAUGGUGCUUUAUUGCCAUUUUGUAGGUUGAUACAAAGGCUUUUGGUCAUGUGUGCUUCCAUUUUAUGGAAAAGAACAGCGUGAACACUCUGCUAAACGUCUCCUUUUGUGUUCCAUGAAGGAAAAUCAUGAGUAAAUGACAGAUUUGUCAUAUUUGGGUCAACUAUUUCUUUUCAGCACCACAAAGCUACUUGUUGCCUGAAUAUAAAAUACUGACUCGAUCCUUAUGACAGAAAGAGUUAGAGAGUGGCAUGAUAUGUGAUUGCAAAGAAAUUACUUUUCCUUUUGAUUGGGAUUUUAUAGCAUGGUUUUUCUCUGUGUUGCUGCUUUAUCUUUGUUUUUCAUUUCCUUGCAUUUUUAUAUAUUCAAUCACUUUGUGCUUUAUUUUGACACA